AUGGCCGCAAUGGAUAGAUUCUCCUCAGAGCUACGGACACUCUUUCAGGAGAGGAUUCCGGUGACAUCGUCCGCAACGCCUCUCAGAGCCGGACAGAGAAGCCAAGAGCGCCAGAGGUUUGAGCCCUACGGCGAAAGCAGUAGCCUCGGCGACUUUGGCCGCACCCAAGCGUCAGGCUACGGCCAGCAUUCUCAGCCGCCGACAAAUAGCUGGGGGCAAUCCCAGCCAACAUGGGUAAAUCCCAGACCGACUUGCUCGGCAGAGACGGCGUACGGCUCACUCCAUGCUUUGGCGGUGUCACUGGGGCAAAGCAGCGCCACACAGUCCGCGGUCCAGCAGCGUGGCCCAGUUCACACUAUGGCCAUCCAGACCCAUCCCGGCCCAAGCAACUCGACCGUUGCUUCGUCACAGCAAUACGAUCAGAGUAAUUCGACCGUUUCACCAUUACAUACGUCGUUAUUGCCGUCAGGCUCCCAUCUUCAGUACGGUUCGGCCGUUCCAACAACAACGCAUACGCACCCUGGUCAAACCUACGGCGCAUAUCUGGUAUCGCCCAGCUCGGUCGCAACGGCCCAAACCCCCCGUUCAAGUGGCCCAGCAGGUAAGGCCAUAGAACGAGGGGCAACAAGUUCCACGGCCAGUCGCGGCCCAACAAGAAGCGCCCCAUCAGGGGCUCCGAUUCGAAGACGUCCGGUGAAUGAUCGAGGACGGCCUGGCUCAGAGGCGCCUGGAAGCGCCAAGGUAUACCAAACCAUACCCGCCAGAAAUUGA